AUGGCUGAUUACAUCGAAGAAGGUGAUAUAGAAGGAGGCACUCAGUCUGUGACAACCAACAAAGAUAGCGAUAACAGGGUUUGUUCAUCUUCUGCCGUUGUUGUUCUGACCCAGAAGUUUAUUGCAGAGGUGAUCGGAACUUACUUUGUGAUCUUCGCCGGAUGUGGAUCGGUGGUGGUUAAUAAGAUAUAUGGAUCGGUUACGUUUCCAGGGAUCUGUGUUACCUGGGGUUUGAUAGUGAUGGUCAUGGUUUACUCCGUUGGUCAUAUCUCCGGUGCCCAUUUCAAUCCGGCAGUCACUGUCACCUUUGCUAUCUUCCGCCAUUUCCCUUGGGCUCAGGUGCCUCUAUACAUGGUUGCUCAAAUAUUAGGAUCAAUCUUCGCCAGUGGCACCUUGUCCUUAGCGUUUGAUAUCCAACAGAAGCAUUUCUUUGGUACAAUUCCCACUGGUUCUAAUCUUCAAUCUCUAGCCAUGGAGAUUAUCAUCUCCUUCCUGUUGAUGUUUGUCAUUUCCGGCGUUGCUACGGAUAACAGAGCGAUUGGAGAACUUGCUGGAAUUGCAGUCGGAAUGACAAUACUGUUAAAUGUAUUGGUUGCUGGGCCAGUGUCCGGAGCUUCCAUGAACCCUGCAAGGAGUCUCGGUCCUGCUAUUAUUAUGCGCAACUACAAAGGGAUUUGGGUUUACUUACUAGGCCCCCCCAUCGGCACCAUUCUUGGAGCUCUAGCCUAUAACAUGAUCAGGUUUACAGACAAACCAUUACGGGAGCUUACCAAGAGUGGAUCAUUCCUCAAGAGCUUCUCCAAAAAAUAAUUUAGCUU